GUCACAACAACUUUUGUAGAAUCUCUGCCAGAUACUUUCACCUCCGUCCUCAGUUGGAAACACUUACACAGACUACUAGUGAACAAGAACACCACCCACCAUGUCCUCCGAAAAGCGCAUCCGCUCCGCGACCAUCGCCCGCGACACAAACGAAACCAAAAUCCAACUAGCCCUCAACCUCGACGGCGGCGCCCUACCCGAGCUCGAAAACAUCGCCAACGGCACCACAGAUGGCCACGCCACUCAAGCCUCCAAAUCCCAAACCAUCUCCGUCUCCACCGGCAUCGGCUUCCUGGACCACAUGCUCCACGCCCUCGCCAAACACGCCGGCUGGUCUCUCCGCCUCAAAACCGUCGGAGACCUUCACAUCGACGACCACCACACAGCCGAAGACACCUGUAUCGCCUUAGGUCAAGCCUUCAAGCAAGCCUUAGGCACAAUCACAGGCCUCGCACGUUUCGGAUCAGCCUACGCGCCUCUCGACGAAGCUCUCUCUCGCGCGGUCGUAGAUCUCUCGAAUCGUCCAUACUCGGUCAUUGAUCUCGGAACCAAGCGAGAAAAGAUUGGAGAUCUCAGCUGUGAGAUGCUACCGCAUUGCUUGGAGAGUUUUGCACUGCAUGCGGGAAUUACGAUGCAUGUGGAUUGCCUGCGAGGGAAUAACGAUCAUCAUCGUGCGGAGUCGGCGUUCAAGGCUUUGGCUGUUGCGUUGAGAUUCGCGACAACGCCUGUCGCUGGAAGAGAAGGAGAAGUGCCCAGCACGAAGGGAGUGCUAUAUUGAGAUACAUAAUUGGGUUUUUAUGAACAUGAUGAAAGGUGUUGCUUGACGGGAAAGAGCUCACAUUUGCAACACAUGAAUUUGAAAUCUUCGGAGGUCGUGUAUGGAGAACGACAGAUGCACAUGUAUAGAAAAGAGACUCAAGAUACCCACGAAAACGUAUUGCUCUGAGUGUAAGCAUGACAAGUCUAGUGACCUCCGGCUCCGGCCUCAAAUCU